AUGUCGGAAUCAUCAUCAUCAUCACUCUCAUACUGGUUUGACUCCUUACUUCGAAAAAACGUUACAAAUACUCCUGUAACGCGUAAUCGAUCGAAUUGCGUAUCGCAUACAGCAGAACGACCACCACCACCACUCGAAAGUGAUACUUGGUCACGCAUUCGACAUUUUUUUCACAUUCCUGCUGCAACUAUUUCUUCAGCGAUGACGAGAGAGUCAUAUAUAUCAAACUAUCGAGCGAUGGGUCAAUUCUUGGAAAAACCGAAGACCGAUAAACACAAUGCCAAUGGUAAAAAUGAAGAUCUUCGAUAUGGUCUUGGAUCUAUGCAAGGAUGGCGUGUCGAUAUGGAAGAUGCGCAUGCAGCAGUCCUUAAAUUAGAUGAUAAUCGUUGGUCAACUUGGUCCUAUUUUGGUAUAUUCGAUGGUCAUGCAGGGUUUCGUACAGCAGUUAAAUCAGCUGAAAGACUUCAUCCACGUAUUAUUUCAUCACUGAACGGAUUAGUACAAGAAAAUGCUAAUUUAAAAUCCUCACAAAAUGUAACAUCAUCACAACUUGAUUUUAAUAAAUUUGAAAUGGCUAUGAAAGAUGCAUAUUUCAAAUUUGACAAUGAAUGGAAAGAAGAAAAUCGUAAUAAUAAUCCAGAUGAUAAAAGUGGUUCAACAGCAAUUUCAUGUUUAAUUGACCUUGAACGAAUUUAUUUUCUCAACGUUGGCGAUUCACGAGCUAUACUUGUAUCGACUGAUGGCCGAAUUCUUCUUGCUACGAAAGAUCAUAAACCAAAUGAUCAAGCGGAACGUCAACGAAUUCAAGAGGCCGGUGGUACGGUUCUUAUUCAACGAGUUAAUGGUUCAUUAGCUGUAUCACGUGCUCUUGGCGAUUUUGAAUAUAAAAACAAUUCAAAUCGUCGGCCAGAUCAACAACUAGUUUCACCAGAACCUGAAAUAACUUUCUAUGCGCGUCAAGCAAAACAAGAUGAACAGACUGCUUUUAUUGUACUUGCUUGUGAUGGUAUUUGGGAUGUAAUGACAAACGAAGAAUUAGGAACUUAUAUACUUGGCCGUAUGCGUGUAACCGAUGAUCUUUGUGAAAUAGCUAAUUCAAUACUUGACAUGUGUUUAUAUAAAGGUAGUAAAGAUAAUAUGAGUUUGAUUAUAAUUGCAUUUAAAAAUGCACCAAUACCAAGUCCAGAAUGUAAAGCAAAAGAUGAAGCACUUGACAAUGAAAUUCGAAAGAAGACUGCUGAAAUUUACAAUCGAAAUCCAAAUAAGACCAGUUUAGAUGCUAGUACAGUUUGGCAACAAGUUGUGACAUCCCUCAAUGAACAACCAUCGAUUCGAGAUGCACUUCCAAUUGGCGGCGGUUUUAUUUCAAAACGUUCUGUUUUUGAAAGCACCUAUGAUUCAAUGUGCAAAGGAACAAAUAAUGCAACAACAAAUUCAAACAGCGGGACGUUAAGAAACAACGAUCAUGAUGAUGAAAAAGAUGAACACGAUGAUAAAUCCACACCAUCGAAUUCUUCAUCUGGCGAUAUUCCAUCAAAAAAUAGCACGAUUUCGACAUUGGCGCAAUAG